AUGCCCCAAUCGGCGCUGCCACCGUCGUCCGCCGCGGCCGCGGCCGCGGCAGACCCCGAGCCCUCCUGCUCCGAGGAUGGGGCGAGGGAGAUGGACGACGAGGACCUCGUGGAGGACCUCCUCGCCACCGUCAACUCGGCUCGUGCCUACGCCGACUUCCGCCGCACCCAGCGCAAGGAAUGCCACAAUCUUCUUCGCUGGCUGCAGCUCGUCCUCCCGCUCCUCGAGGAGCUCCGCGACUCCACGCCCCGUCUCACGGAGGACGCCUACCGCCGCCUCACCCUGCUCGGCCGAGCAUUCGCCGCCGCGCGCCGCCUCCUCCGCUCCUGCAAUGACGGCAGCAAGAUCUUCCUGGCGCUGGAGAGCGAGGCCGUGCUGGGGAGGUUCCGCACUGUGUACGAGAAGAUGAACUCUGCGUUGGACGGAAUGCCGUACGAGGAGCUCGGCAUCUCCGAUGAAGUCAUGGAGCAGGUGGAGCUGAUGAACGCACAGCUGAUGAGAUGCAAGAAGAGAACAGACACGCAGGACAUAGAGCUGUCCAUGGAUCUCAUGGUGAUACUCCAGAACAACAAGGACGACGAGAGGAACGCGGACAGGGCGAUACUGGAUAGGCUGGCCAGCAAGCUGGAGCUGCAGACGCUGCCGGAUCUCAGGGCGGAGACGGUGGCCAUAAAGAAGCUCAUCAAGGAGCGAAAUGGGCAGCAAGAGGAGAGCACCAAGCAGAUCGUCGAGCUCCUCAACAAGUUCAAGGCCAUCGCCGGCAUCGACGAGACGAACGUCCUCGGCGGCGAGGUCUUCGUGACCAAAUCUCUCGACAAGUGCCCCUCGUUGAUGAUCCCGGACGACUUCCUCUGCCCGAUCACAUUGGAGAUCAUGACGGAUCCUGUCAUUGUGGCCAGUGGACAGACGUACGAGAGGAGAAGCAUCCAGAGGUGGCUUGACAGCGGGGAGAGGACGUGCCCCAAGACGCGGCAGCCGCUGGCGCACCUGUCGCUGGCGCCCAACUACGCGCUCAAGAACCUGAUCCUGCAGUGGUGCGACAAGCACAAGGUGGAGCUGCAGAGGAGGGAGCCGGAGCCCGUGGCUGAACAAGACGAGCGGCCGAAAGAGGACAUCCCGUCGCUGGUGGAAGCGUUGUCGUCGAUCCACUCUGACGUGCAGCGGAAGGCGGCCAAGAAGAUCCGGGUGCUCUCCAAGGAGUCUCCGGAGAACAGGGCGCUCAUCGCCGGCAACGGCGGCAUCCCGGCCCUGAUCGGCCUGCUGGCCUACCCGGACAAGAAGGUGCAGGAGAACACGGUGACCUCGCUGCUGAACCUGUCCAUUGACCAGAGCAACAAGAUCUUCAUCACCAAGGGGGGAGCCAUCCCGCUCAUCAUCGAGAUCCUCAGGAAUGGCAGCGCGGUGGGGCAGGAGAACUCGGCCGCGACGCUCUUCAGCCUGUCCAUGCUUGACGAAAACAAGGUGACGAUCGGGACCCUGGGUGGCAUCGCGCCGCUGGUGGAGCUCCUGAGGAACGGCACCGUCCGGGGCAAGAAGGACGCCGCCACGGCCAUCUUCAACCUCAUCCUCAACCAGCAGAACAAGGUCAGGGCCACCCACGCGGGCAUCGUCCCGGUGCUGCUCAAGGUCAUCGACGACAAGAACCUCGGGAUGGUCGAUGAGGCGCUCUCCAUCUUCCUCUUGCUGUCUUCGCACGCCGCCUGCCUCGGCGAGGUCGGCACGACGCAGUUCGUCGAGAAGCUCGUGCAGCUCAUCAAGGAAGGGACGCCCAAGAAUCAGGAGUGCGCGCUGUCCGUCCUGCUGGAGCUGGGAACCAAGAAGCAGCCGCUCCUGGUGCACGCGCUCAGAUUCGGCCUCCACGAGCACCUCUCGAAGAUCGCCAGGACCGGCACUAGUAGAGCGCAGAGGAAGGCCAACUCUCUCAUUCAGCUGGCGAAGAAGUGCUACUAA